AUGGCGAGGGUGUCUUUCGAGGCAAGCAUGGCCGACCUAGAGCGAAUGCAGGGUUCCGCCGCAGUUGUUCUCGACGAGGCAGCCAAGAUCCUCGGAAUCGACCUGGAGAAGACCAUCCGACGUAGCUUUGUCGAACCAUUGUACAAGGCCACGUUCAGCUCACAGGGGUUCAAGGAGCAGUGGGUAUUGCGCUGGCUGUUGAGGAAGCUGAAGCUGGGCGUACCAGACUGGAAAUCCACAGGUGCCGGUGAAGAUGCUCAGAGAAGUUUCGCACCGAAUGCAAAGUUCUGGUCGUUACUUCUCAGCUUGACGUGCGCAAUUUCCAGUGAUGUAUGCUCCGAAAUCCUCUUGGAGCGACACUUUUACGCAGCGCUCGCCGAAUUGAUCCGAGAAGUGCUUUUCCACCAAGGACACGGAUCGACGACGGUUGACGCUUCAAACACCCAUGAAGAGCAUGAAGGUCCUCCAAUCAAGAAAAGAAGACUUUCCCCGGCAUCCGACCACCAGGCAAACGGUGCAGUUGCGCUCGACGUGACCCCCUGGAUUGCUUUACAAGCCGUGUGUCGCUGCCUGGACCUCUUUGAUUCCUCAACCUCAGAGGUCGCUGCGUCAUCUCGUCAAGCUCCUGCAUGGACUGGUGGCUUGCAGACCCAAGCUGCCUUGCUUGGGGUCUCGCUUGAGUUGGUCCUUUACAUUGUACGACACGGCUCUAGAGUUCCAGACAAUGACCUAGCUGCCGAUAUGCUUAGUACUGCGCUCUCCUUCUGGGAAAGCAAUGUAUCCGCCAGGAAUUCGAAGGAUGACGACCGGCAACAAGCUUUCGCCUCCCAUUGCUUGAUACCCUGUUUAUCUCUCCUUGAAUGUCUGGUCGAUGCCCGCCUCGACCAGAUAUCCUUGAUGGCUUCAAGGAAUACACUGGAGCGCCUGAUUGCGGUAAAUAUUGUCUUCCCUCUGCGCACAACAUUUAGCGAGCAAUUUACAAAGAAGUGGAGAGCCACUGCCGACACGCUCCUCUACGAACACAUGGAUACGUUACUUCAGGCCUACAACCGUCAGGCCUACCCCUUCCGGGGUGACUCUGAAUUCUCGCAGGCGAUAGCUGGAUCAUCCAUGCAAAGGUCCUCGUGGAUUGUCCUCGAUGUGGCUGCGCGAUCGCUUCCAUUCAUGGACCUUAGAAGGCGUCAGCAAGAACAACAUCAUCUUGACUCUUUGUUAAUAUGGCUGGUUCAUGUUACCUGGCCUCAGGUCCCUCGUGUCACUUCGACAGGAGUCCUUCGCCAGCAGUUCGCGGAGGACCAAGGCGAUUGGGUGCCUUCGUUGGAGCUUCUUCUCGAUAUCGCCCGGUCACGGAAGCUGCACAUCUCAUUGCCUGUCGUCAGCUACGUCCUUCAAGCCGUGCUGGCUACUGACUCUCACUCGGCACCCUGGUCGCUUCUGGUCAAAGUCAUUCAACUGGACUCGACUAUUUUAGUUCCGGAUUCUACUUCGCCUGCUUCGAGGAACGUCCUCGGUCAAGUCGUGAGUAGAAUAGAAUCCGGCACUGUUACCAGAAGCGAGUACGACUUAGUGCGAGACCAGCUUGUUCUACCUUUGAUGCGCGACUGUGCUCGGUCGAGGGGCUAUGGUGUAUUUGUUGAGACGUGGCAAAAAUGCCUGGCAGACUCGAUGCGCACUCGUUAUACAUCGAAACACAGUCUAGACGGAAUUCCGACUGUGCUAGUGUGGGAAGACGAUGAUGUUUUUGAUGAGUUCAAGACGCUCAGCGUCCUUCAUGCACCACCAGUUCUGGCGUUGCGGAUGCUGCAAGACGUGGUCGAAUCCGUCAAGGGGCUUGGAGACAAAAUCGGAUCUACAAGUGAAGACUUCGCAAAGUUGGCUAUCUUCUCGGCCCUUCUGGAGAGCACAUAUACCAGUAGUGAACAGCUAAGGCUCGCGAGGGAUCAGCUGGCUUCUCUCUUACGCGGGGCAAUAGAUGUUCUGCGUCGAAAGACUGAUUUUCAAGGCCAACGGUGGAGAUUAAGAAAGCUUGUACGACUGCUUGUCGAGUUCACAGAUUCUGAAGCGCUUCCUCCUGGAGUCGAUUUUCUCUUGGAGUCCAGCUGCAACUUUGUCUCCUUGGACAGCGCCGUCUAUUUCGAUCCAGACCACACUCGAGCGCAGUCAGCGAAGUUUCUCGAGUGCCUCGAGUGCUUCUCUCUUGUUGUUGAGCUUGCUGCCAAAUCACCACGUUACAUGUCCAAGAUGGAGGCAGAGAUGCAUCAGCUGCAAGAGAAAGCCGCUCAGAUGACAAACAAAUGGCAUCUAUGGAAUGGACGCAACGUGGAGUGCUGCGACGUUGCGGAACUUAUAACGGCAUGCAUUGGCAGGCUGUUGCAGAGAUCCUCGAUAUUCUCAAUGUACCCAGACGUAUUCCGUCAGUUCAUCGGCCACUGUGUCGAAGAAGUAACAACAUUUCCGUCAUCGAAGCUUGCUGACAUAUCUUCACCGAACGUGCUUGAUCUCUACAUGGCUGUGCUGCAAAAUGAUCAGGUCGUUCGUGCUCCACCUCUUCGAAAAGCCCUUUUGGAAGGCAUCACUGCUGCGCUCCAAUCAGGCGAAACUGAUCUGAAGGUCUAUAGAAGUGUUUUGGAGAGCCUGGGUAUUGAGAAAAUGGGCAGAGUGACGGUGGACAGACUCGCCAACGCAAUGCGUGACCGACUGUUCCGAAGAACUGACAGUCCGACGUUGGAUUCGAUCUCAGAAGACAUGAGUUAUCUGAUUUACCUGGACACUCUGUUUCCCGGAAUCUUUAUCAACACAAAGCAUUUGGACGCAUGGUGGGAUUUGGCAGCUCGACAAUUCGAGUUCAAACACGCAGGACACUCCCCACUUGCUGCGAUGAAGGGAGCUAAUCUGUCGAAUACCUAUCUCCUUGCUGUCGACAUGCUGAAUCAAGUGCUCCAGGCGAUGUGGACACGAGCGACCCCUCUGCACAACACAUCAUCUUCCUCCGAACUCGUUUCCUGGAUGAUUAAGAAAUUCGAGGAUUCCGAGAAGCAGUCAAUCUCAGCGGAGACUCUACCGUUCCCCUGCGUUCAAAUGCUCUUGCUCUGCGCUUGUUGCUCCACAGGCACCGACAAAACCAUUGUCCAAGAUCAACAGCUUCAAGAGAUGAAGAAAUUCUACCUCAGAAGGACUAUACACCAUCUCGAACUGAUGUCGCAAGAAGCAUUGAGUCAGAACGCUAUUUUCCUGUGGAAACUCGCUCUUGAUGGUGUUGGCAGUCUCCCGGCUAUCGAGACGAAAGAGACAAUCCAGCAAGCGGCCGCCAUCCUCAUGGACAAGCUGAGGACGUACAACCAUUCAAACGCGGACUGUCCCGAUGCAAAGCUCAACGGUCAAGUAGGUCUGUCGAUCCAUCGCAAAUGUCUCACCUUGGGAGUGCAAUUCGAAGCUGGGCGUGUGCGGGAGGAAGUAAGCGAAUGGCUACAAGAGCUCCUCUCUUGCGUCGACCACGCAGAAGUCUGGACGUAUGCCACAAUCAGUUCCCUUACGGCCAGCGCCGACCUCUUUACUCGCCGGAUAGGAGCAGGAGAGUGGUCGUAUCUGCUUCAAGUCCUUCGUCGAAAGAGCCAGGACGCUUCGUAUCAGCCCAUAUGCACCGUCGUAGUGGCUUCAGUGCUUACCCAUGUCAAGCCACAACACAUUGCACAAUAUCCUUGGCUGGCUCAGGAACUUGCGGAAGUUGCAUCUCUGCCCAAUAAUGCAGAGCAGCCACAUGAAAUGGGACUGGCUCUUGCCUUGGAAAAUUGCAAACAAGUGCUUGAGCUUCACCCGGUCGUUAUCAACCAAUCGACCCUGGACCGAUUACUGUCGUCUCUUCGCAUCGUGGCCUCUGCUACAACCGAAACUGGACGUGCGAAGGACGCGAUCAAGCUCGAGUCCACGCCCUCUGCGGGACAGAUUUACGAACGACUCUGUGCCGUGGUCGGAGCUAUACUUGGAAGACACCGCCGACGCCUCUCGGACCGUUACCACUUGUUGCUUCCUGCAUUACAAGCUCUUUUACGAUGUCUUUUCUGGCCCGGAAAGAAAGCCACUGAGAGUCAACGUAGCACCUCAGUGAAGACCCUGGUCACAUUCGGCAAGACUUUGCCCGGAUGGAUGCGAGAAUCGGGCGAACCUCUGCCACUUUCCUCGGCAGAUCAAUUAUCGAGACUGUUGUCGUCGGUGUGCAAUCCAACCGUAUCAGCGGCACGUUCUUCCAACAAGCGCCGCAACGAGCUCAAUGAUGAGGUGAAGAAAGCACGGAAGUUGGCUGGCCAGCACAUGCAGUAUCUCGUCACGGAAUAUUGCAGAUGCUUCCUAGACGGCCAGAUAGCACCUGCGGUGAAGGAUCAGCUGAUGGCAGGCAUGUAUAGAGUCUUGGAUGCGAUCGACCGAGACAUGAUGAGGGCGAUGAACGCUGGCAUGGAUCCGAGUACCAGGGCCGUCUUCAAGAAUCUAUAUGAUGACUACCACAGAUAUGGGAAGUGGGACAAGAGCUAG